AUGUCUGACGACGAUGAGUACUAUGAAUUCGAGGAUGAAUACAUGUACGAGGAUUUAGUCCCAGACAUGGUCGUAAGUUCAAUCCUAGGGCGAUGCCUCGACCAACUCGUGCCAUCAGUUCCGCAUGACAACACAUCAUCAAUUCAGACCCUAACCAAAUCGGUGCUUAUCCAGGACGAUCUCGCCGCUUCCUCAUACUACGAAGCCGCCCUAUACGAGGACCCAGGGAUUGAUGUCGAAGACUACUUCAGCGACUGGGACUAUUAUUCAGACGAUUAUCACGACGAUGAUGCAACCGUCGAACAAAGCGCAGAGAGAAAGAAAAGGACCGCGAUCGCAGCGACAGCACCACGACGAACCAAGACAUCUUCCCGUCCAAAGGGUCACAUCGCCAAAAUCCCACCGUCUAAAUCACCUUUGGUGCCAGAUACUGCCUCUUUCCAGGGCGUGGUGUGGAAAACACCUGCGUUUGACCGGGACCAGGACGUCGCCAUUUUGUAUGAGCCGGACACGGGAGACAAGGUCGCGCUUCUAGAGAACUGGCGGGAGGUUUUCAAAUCUGCCCAGCCGGCGCUGGAUAGGUCACGCCUGAAAACGCGACACGUUGAAUCCAAGCCCGUCGAUCCGUCGCUGGCUGACGAUGAAAUGUUCGCUGGUGACGGCACCGACGAUGAGCCCGAUAGCGAGGACGAGAUGUCCGGUGUUGUCUCUUCGGAUACUUCGGCAGUUGAUGCUGGGGAUGCGGGGGAUGCUUCAAACACAACCCCCGACCCGGAUCCGGACUCUUUCCGCUCGAUGAAACUGUCCUCACCGCCGAAGGUCGUGAUUCCGUUGAAGAGGGGGUGGAAGAGGAAGGCCGUUGCACAGAAGGAUGACACCGAUGAGGACACAGCCUCACCUCGUCCGAAGAGGGUUGCGUUGCGGAAAGGCGGUGAUGAAAAGGUUGCGAAGCGUGCGGCACCACCGGUGCGCAGAUCUGCGAGACAGAAGAAGUAG